CUAUAAGUAAUUUGGGAAUUUUGGUUUUUCGUUUGCUGGGUUUCCGACUGUCUAUAGUGGAUUACCGAGUAUAAAAACAAACUUAGGUAUAACUGAGCUAGUUGUUUUCCAUUUUUGGCUAUUGUUUAACUGUACUUACUAUUUAAAAUCAAAACAAGAGCCAAAGAGAAUAAUCCUACCAAUUCACGAGGGAGACCAGAAGACCCGAAGACCCGAAGGUACGAAAACUAAAGACUGGACUAGUGUCGUAGCCUAGACUCGAAUCAGGGAAACCAAGAGGAAUCAAUACCCUGCUACAUAAGUGAUUAUAUUAUUACGGUAAUUAUGGCUGGCCCCAUGGAAAGAAUUCAAGUACUUGACGAUAUCGAAAAGGAUAUCAUAACAUGUUUACAAUGUGCAGCUCAAGCAUUGUUAGAGUUGGGAAAAGAAAAAUCUAGCCAGAAGCAAGCUGAAAGUAAUACCUCUCAAUUCCUACGAACUCUGAGCCAAGUUGAAUCAAAAUUAAGUGAUCAAAUUAAUUACUUGACUCAAGUUUCUACCGGUCAGCCACAUGAGGGGUCAGGUUAUGCAUCCCAGAAAGUCUUACAAAUGGCAUGGCAUAGACUAGAGCAUGUAAGAUCCUGGGUGAAUGAGCUAGACAGACUGAAAGCCUCUCACUUGGCUACUGCAAAUCGCACAGCAGGUGUUUCAAAUGGCAAUAUGACAUCUUCUAGUACCAGUACCCAAUAAUAACAUAUACCUAUGUUUUAAGAAACUCUGAGCUUUUAUUUAUUGUUACUGUUCAGUAAAAUAUUAUUACUUGAAUACUAUGUCACUUAGUUAAUAUAUUGACUAAUUUGGUCCUGUUGCUUAAAUGUUCCAAAACCUACUUUUCGAAUAAAAAACAAUAUGAUGCUCUAAGUGCACCAUUUCGGCCAUAAUACAUAA